GACAUGCGCAGUAGCUUCUACGGGAAAAACACCUCGCGCUCAAUCGGCGGUAGUUGCUAGCGUUUGCUAGUUGCUAGCUGUCCAGAGAAAUCUAUCUCGCGAAUUCCAUUUGUACUCUUUGGUGUUACUAUUUUCUUUUGUGUGAAAAUAGGUCUGGACAUGUUGGUUUGUUGUCAAACUUUUGCGAUAUUUUAACAUGUAUCAUAGCAGCACAGACGAGGUAAGCGGCGGGGACGUCUCUUUGGAGAAGAAUGGAGUCCAGGAAACGGCCACCUCCUACGUUCCUGCAUCACUUUCUUCAGCUUUGUCCCAGCAAAGUGUAAAUGACAGCAGCACCAGCCACAGGCUGUCUAUACCAAGACUAACCUCAGGUCAAAGCCUUAGCAGCUUUAGGGCUGGGAGGACAUGGUCAUCCAUGCUGGCACCAACUUCAGACAGUUCUUCCUUUCACAGCUAUGGAGGAACGCCGAGAGUCAGAAGAACGCCCGUGUCUGCUGGGCUUACAGGAAGUAGUUGCUCAUCUGGAUCCACAAACACUGAUGCCUCUGUGAUCGUAGCGGUGGUGGAAGGCCGUGGUUUGGCCAGGGGAGAGAUCGGUAUGGCCAGCCUUAACUUGAAAUGUCCAGAGCUGGUCCUUUCCCAGUUUGCAGACACAGGGACAUAUGCUAAGGUUAUUACCAAAAUUCAUAUUUUGGUGCCAGUGGAAAUACUGAUGCCAGACACAGUCAGCGAGAAGGGCAAAGGAACAAAGCUGUUCAAGCUCACCACGGAGAAUUUUCCAGGUGUACCUUUCACAGCAAUUCAAAGGAAAUAUUUUAAUGAGAAGAAAGGACUGGAAUACAUUCAGCAGCUGUGUGCUCCAGAAUACGGCACCGUUUUGAUGGAAGUUCAAGCCAAGUAUUAUUGCCUUGCAGCUGCUGCAGCUUUGCUGAAAUACUUAGAGUUCCUGCAGAAUUCUGUUUAUGCUAGCAAGUCUCUUAAAGUGACCUUUAAAGGGAGUGAACAGACUGCCAUGAUCGACUCUGCAUCUGCCUGCAAUUUAGAGCUGGUGGUCAAUAACAGAGAUCACAGGAGUGAACAUACCCUUUUAGGGGUACUCAACCAUACAAAAACACCUGGCGGUGCCAGAAGAUUGCGCUCUAAUAUCCUGGAGCCUCUUGUAAAUGUGGACACCAUUAACAUGCGAUUGGAUGCUGUGCAGGAGCUCCUGCAGGACGAGGAGCUUUUCUUUGGCCUAAAGAACGCCAUAUGCCAUUUUGUCGACGUUGACCGGCUGCUCUCAGUUCUUGUCCAGAUGCCGAAACAGGAAACGGUCCAAGCUGCUGAAGCCAAGAUUACACAUGUCAUUCAGCUGAAACACACCCUUGAACUGGUGCCACAGUUAAGGACUGUAUUUAAGAACUGCAACACACCUCUACUUCAAGCGUACAGCAGCACCCUGGAGGACAACAGAUUUGAUAUGAUCCUAGAGCAGAUCAAGACAGUCAUCAACCCCGACACCACGUACCUCAAAGGGAGCUUGAACAUGCGCACACAGAAGUGCUACGCGGUGCGGCCGAACAUCAACGAGUUCCUUGACAUCGCCCGCAGAGCUUACACAGAAAUAGUGGACGACAUUGCGGUGCUUGUGAACCAGAUGGCGGAAAAAUAUGGCUUGCCAAUGCGAACAAGCUUCAGCACAUCCAGAGGUUUCUUUAUCCAGCUGAAGCUUGAUGGGAGCGUCUUACCUAGGGACAAACUCCCUCCAGAGUGCAUCAAGGUAACCAAGCACAAGAACAAUUAUUGUUUCACCACCGCUGACCUGAUGAAGAUGAAUGGACGCUGUGAUGAAGCCCUGAGGGAAAUCUUUCACAUGUCAUAUGUAGUGAUAUGUCAGCUCCUCAGCACCAUCCAUGAGCACAUCCACUGCCUGUACAAACUCUCUGAUGCUGUAUCCAUGUUGGACAUGCUGCUGUCACUGGCUAACGCCUGCACCAUUUCAGACUACGUGCGUCCAGAGUUUACAGACACGCUGGCCAUAAAGCAAGGUCGUCAUCCAAUUCUGGAGCGAAUGGCUCGGCAGCAGCCCGUUUCCAACAAUGCCUACAUCUCAGAGGGAAGCAACUUUGUCAUCAUAACAGGACCCAACAUGAGCGGCAAAUCCACUUACCUGAAGCAGGUGGCAUUGUGCCAGAUCAUGGCACAGAUAGGCUCUUUUGUCCCUGCUGAGUAUGCCUCCUUCCGUCUGGCUGGUCAGAUCUUCACCAGAAUAGGUGUGGACGAUGAUUUUGAGACCAACUCUUCCAGCUUCAUGUUGGAAAUGAAGGAAAUCUCGUACAUAAUCCAUAAUGCAAGUGACAAGUCACUGAUCAUUAUUGAUGAGUUGGGGCGUGGCACCAGUGCCGAGGAGGGCAUUGGCAUCUGUCACUCAGUUUGUGAGUUCCUCCUUGGCCUCAAGGCCUUCACUCUGUUUGCCACACACUUUCUUGAGCUGUGUCAGCUGGAGUCUCUCUACCCAAACGUGGAGAACCAGCACAUGGAGGUUCAGCACAUGCGCAGUGGUGACACCGGUGUGGAGCAAGUGGUGUAUACGUACUUGCUAAAAAGAGGAUGCUCUGAAGAAAGGCUCUACGGUUUGAGAGCAGCAGAAAUGACAGCACUUCCUCCUAGUAUAAUCCAAGAGGCCAGGACGAUUGCUUCUAAAGUCAGCCAGCAGCUCAUGGCCAGACAUCAUGUAGAUCCAGAAAGCCAUCGACAGAGAGCAUUGUACCGCCUGGCCACUCGUCUCCUGCAGGCUGCCAGAAACUCCAGGCUUGACCCCGACAGUCUGCGAAUGUAUCUGAAGGGACUAAAGAAUCAGUUUGAGUCUGAGCUGCAGUCUGCAGGGCCCCCAGCGGCCCCUGGCAACCAGGACGAGUGACUGUACCAGCCUGGAGGAAGGAAAUAAAGGCUAAAAAUAUGAAUAUAUUUGUCAGCUUAUGUGCAGACUGUUUAUAUUAUAAAUAUUGAAUGUAUUUAAAUACCACUUAUAGUAAAUAGUUUGUCAG